AUGACUGUACGGAAAGGAGAGCAUCGACAGCUCUUGAAAGACAGUUUCAUGGUUGAACUUGUUGAAGGUGCCCGAAAACUGCGUCAUGUUUUCCUUUUUACCGAUCUUCUCCUUUGCGCCAAAUUGAAAAAAACAAAUCGGGGGAAAAGCCAGCAGUAUGACUGUAAAUGGUACAUACCAUUAGCAGACCUGACCUUCCAGCCUGUGGAUGAGUCUGAAGCUGCUGCCAACAUUCCUUUGAUACAAGAUGAUGAGCUAGAAGCCAUGAAAGUGAAAAUAUCCAAUCUGAAGAGUGAUAUUCAUAGAGAAAGAAAAGCAAACAAAGGAGGAAAAGGCAUGGAUCGUCUGCGCAAGAAGCUUUCUGAACAAGAGUCAAUGUUGUUGUUACUCUCACCAAGCAUGGCAUUCCGAGUCCACAAUCGCAAUGGCAAGGGUUACACAGUGUUAACAUGGUCAGACUAUGAACGUGCCGAAUGGGGAGAACAUAUCCGAGAGCAGCAAAAAAAAUGCAUGAAAAGUUUCUCUCUUUCUUCACUGGAAAUCCAAAUGUUAACAAACUCCUGUGUGAAACUGCAGACUGUCCAUAGGGUUCCUUUGACUUUGAGUAAGGAAGAUGAUGAAUCUUCUGGCCUUUAUGGUUUUCUAAAUGUCAUUGUCCACUCUGCCACUGGAUUCCAGCAAAGCUCAAAUUUGUUCUGUACAAUGGAAGUGGAUUCUUUUGGAUAUUUUGUUAACAAAGCAAAAACUCGAGUCUAUCGCAACACAACUGAACCGAGCUGGAAUGAGGAAUUUGAAAUUGAACUUGAGGGGUCUCAGACUCUGCGCAUACUUUGCUAUGAAAAGUUCUACAACAAGAACCGGCCUAUGAGGGAGGAUGGAGGGGAAUGUAGUGAACGCAUGGUGGCAAAAGGACAAGUACAGCUGGACCCUCACAUGGUCAUGGGGAAGGAUUGGCAACGUUCAGUUGUCUCUAUGAAUGGGAUAGAGGUCAAGUUGUCACUGAAGUUUACAAGUCGGGAGUUCAGCCUAAAGCGUCUUCCCUCACGAAAACAGACCGGGGUGUUUGGAGUGAAAAUUGGAGUUGUUACCAAGAGGGAACGUUCAAAGGUGCCAUAUAUAGUGCGACAGUGCGUGGAGGAAAUCGAGAGACGUGGCAUGGAAGAAGUUGGAAUCUACCGGGUAUCGGGGGUGGCUACUGACAUUCAAGCUCUGAAGAAUGCAUUUGAUUCAAAUAACAAAGAUGUGUCUGUUAUGAUGAGUGACAUGGAUGUCAAUGCCAUUGCCGGAACCCUCAAGUUGUAUUUUCGGGAACUCCCGGCACCACUCUUCACAGAUGAACUAUAUCCCAACUUUGUUGAAGGAGUUGCAUUAUCAGAUCCUGUGGCCAAAGAGAGCUGUAUGUUGAACUUGCUGUUGUCUCUGCCAGAGCCCAGCCUACUCACUUUUCUGUUCCUACUGGACCACCUGAAAAGGGUGGCAGAGAAGGAGAGUCUGAAUAAGAUGUCCCUGCAUAACCUGGCUACUGUGUUUGGCCCAACCCUACUGCGGCCAUCUGAGAAAGACAGCAAGAUCCCUACGAAUCCAACGCAGCCAAUCAGCAUGGCCGAUAGUUGGAGUCUGGAAGUCAUGUCACAGGUGCAGGUUCUGUUGUACUUUCUACAGCUUGACACCAUUCCUACCCCAGACAGCAAACGUCAGAGCAUUCUCUUCUCGACGGAGUGUGUGAUGUACUACGGCAGCUUAUGGAGAAGCACUCGGCCUCUGUAG